AUGAUUCAACUUGGCGACCGAGAUAUGCCGGAGAUUCCCGGCACGAAGUUGGCUGGGGAGGAAUUGCACGAGUUAAGGCUCAUGCUUGCAGAUCUUCUCAAACGAAGGAAUACACUGUUCCCGGGUUCCCAGCCGGUAUCUUUCGAAAGGCAUCAUCUUGAAGUAUUAAAAAACAGAGAUUACUUUGUCUGCGAGAAAUCUGAUGGAUUACGAUGUUUACUAUUUCUUGUUCAUGACCCUGCUCGUGGAGAAGGUGUCUUCCUAGUCACAAGAGAAAAUGAGUUCUAUCAUAUACCUGGCAUACACUUUCCAUCCCAAGUAAAUGAAGAAAAUGGCGAAACUUUUCAUCAUGGAACACUUCUAGAUGGUGAGCUUGUUCUAGAAACAAAGAAUGUUCUGGAGCCGUUCCUUCGAUACUGUAUCUUUGACGCUUUAGUCGUGAACGAGAAAGAUGUGACCAACAGGCCACUACCUAAGCGCUUGGGCUACAUCACAGAGCAUGUCAUGAAACCAUUCGACAGCUUCAAAGCUCGGCAUCCUGAAAUUGUCAACAGUGCAGACUUUCCCUUCAAGGUGAGUUUCAAAAUGAUGAAGCUGUCGUAUAGGGCCAAUGUGGUCUUGGCGAUGCAAGACCAACUAUUCCACGAAUCUGAUGGUCUUAUUUUCACUUGUGCAGAGACACCAUAUAUUUUCGGCACGGAUGCCACAUUACUAAAAUGGAAACCCGCUCAUGAGAACACUAUUGACUUCAAGAUGAGCAUGGUUUUCAAAAGUUUCCAGGACCCUGACAUGGAUCCUCGUGACCCGGACUCAACAUAUACAGACUACGACAGCAAGCCUGAACAGUUCAAGUUGAGUGUGUGGAAAGGUGGAAAAGAAUAUGAAGAAUUCGCUGAGCUUGACAUGCCAGAAGAAGAUUGGGAGCAACUCAAGGAGCUCAAUGAACCUUUACAAGGACGCAUCAUCGAAUGUCGUAAAAAUAUCGACAAUCCGCCAUACUGGGAAAUGCUCAGAUUCCGUAAUGACAAAUCCAAUGGUAACCAUUACACCAUUGUGGAAAAGAUUCUCCAUAGUAUAGCGGAUGGAGUCACAGAACAGGAGCUCAAGGCUGCUUGCCCAUCAAUAGAAAAAGCCUGGAAACAGAGGGAGUUCGAACGGGCGCAAAAGGCCAAGCAGGGCCAACAUCAUCCACCAGCACCAACAUCACAGCAUCAUCAGCAUCAUAGCAGCGUGCAUCACCAACACCAGACGGGUCCACAGCCAAAUCUCAAGUCAAUAUCACCGCGAACGCUGCCUCAGCAACAGAAGCGUCGUCCGUCUGAGACUGAGAACUCUGUGCCACGAAAGGUUCAAAAGAAUAACAAUGUGACUAAUUCCGACGAAGCGAAGAUGCUACAAGACAUGAUGCCAGAUUACGAGGAGGAAAGUGAUCUGGAGUGA